AAUAAGCCAGCUCUGUAGUCAUUUCCCGCAAUAUUUAUUUCGGCAAAACGUCCGUAAAAAGUUAAAUAUUAACAAAAUUAUGGAAAUGAAAGACGAUUCCGGUGUGUCAGUACAUGCCCCGAAACAAGAUGAAGCAGAUUCAUCAGUGGUCGCAAGCUCAAAUCCUGUUGUUUUUCAGUGUUCUCAGUGUGAUGCUAUUGUAGGUGAUUCCACAUCUUGGGUAUCUGCAAACAAGAUAAUGAGAACCAUAACUUUAGGAAGAAUUACCAGUAAAGUUGGUGUGAAAUCAGCUAUUGAAGUAUCACAGAGUGGCAUUGAUAAAGGGAGUACAUUCUUGCCCAUAUACUGUAUUAACUGUAACGAGGUGUUAGGGAAACAAUACCUGGCGUCCCCUCCAGAACUCGACUACAUCCGGGGCAGUUUCACUCUUCAUGUGGAGAAAUUAAACAGUUACGAGGUUGGCAGUGCCGAGGCAAGAGGUAACUCUGAUCUAGCAGACAUGGUCAAUGUACCAUCACCAGGUUACUUGAUGGCGAGAAUGAACAAGAUGCAAUUUCUGAUUGUUUCCAUGAAUGACAGAAUCAAGAAUCUAGAAGCUUGCCUUGCUAAUGGAGAAUCUACUGUUCAGCAUUUGGACAAUACAAACAGACAGCAGUUUACACAUGGAGAAACAGAGAGUGUCUCCUCCACUGAUAAUUUCUCCACAAGGCCUCGCACAGAUUCUUUUGGUUCUGCAGUUACAGACAUGGAUAGUCUACAAGAGGAGAAUAUUGGUGGUGGUAGGCAAGAGAGGUUUCCAUCUCGGCAAAUAAAUGAUGAAAAUUUUGAAAGAACCCUUGAACAACAAACAAGAAAAAUUGAUAGAAAUAAUGACUUGCUCCCUAAAGAAAGAUUGACAAGAAGAGGUGUUAGGUCAGAUGCCGGUAGUAUUCGGCAGUUUAAUCAAAGAUCAGGGCAGAAAGAACCUUGUACUAACACAAUGACUGAUGGAAACCAGCGUGGAAUAUAUAAAGAUGUAGACAUUGAAGACAAUGAAAAUGAGCAAAGAAAUGAACAAAGAAAUAUUGGUAAGAGAGGGAGAACAGCAAGGCCGGAGACAGAUGGAAAGAAAGUUGGGAAUGAAAGGUCAGGUGAACAGUCAGCAACAGCUUUGCAAGGCAUAAUAACCAAAGCUCUACAAAGUCAAAAUAAAGACUCACCUAGACCAGGGAGGAGUAAUGUAAACCAGCAAGGAAGAAAUGCUAAUCAUGAGGGGAAUGAUGGAUUUACAUCACCUAAUGAAAAAGUCGGUAGAAGAUCGUUGUCUAGAAAUCGACCAGUGAUGGAAACUUGGCCUUCACCUGGGAUAGAAAGAAGAGAGAGUAAGAAAAGGAAAAUGUUUGAUCCAAAUGACAGUCAGUAACUUUAGUUUAUAUCUCCAUAUAAACAUCAUACUAUAAAAGGAUAUAUUUGUAUGUUUUGUAAUGAUUUGAAAUAUACUUAAAAACACUCAAGCACUUGUUUAAGUUACAUAUAUGGGAACAUGUUGAAGCUGAAUGUAUUUUCUUCUUUGAUAAGAAGGAUUCUAACAGAUAUAGUUUUGUUUGAGUUAAGAUUGUUUUACAGAAUUUUGAAUUUUUCCGUUAAAGAAUCACAAUCUUCUAAAUUUGCUGCCAUUGCUUGUAGGAUUUCGUCAAGACUAUUGCAAGAGAUAUUACGUGCAUACUACAAGUAUACUGUGGAAUCUGUCUAAUCCGAACAUGCUCAGACCAGAAAAAAUGUUUCUAUUUGUGAACA